GACAAAGGAUAAUCUCAAUUAUUUAAAUGUGUUUCCAAGUGCAGUAAAGUGUGAGUAGGAUGAACGAAAUCCUAUUUUCGUUUGACGCUCACACACUUGCGAGCAUCGUUUGUCCUUAUUUAACAUUAGGUAAACAAAGAAUGAAACGAGCACGAGUGAUUGCGUGCUAUAUAAUCACAUAUAAUCUGAAAGGACAAGUUGAAGGCACUCUUCUAUCGUCAUCCGACGAUACACGGCAGAAAAAAAAAAAAAGAGCAAGUGAUUGCGAGCGUCAACUCGUCAAGUGGUGGAGCAUGCAGCCUCUACUUUCGUUUUAUAUAUUUGGACUUCUCGCUCUCUUUAUCUUCAAGGUCUAGUUACUAUACAUUUAGAGAGUGCAAGUAAAAGCAGAGGUAAAAGAAACUUAUAAGAAACAGUCUAGUCUAGCGACUCUCGUAGUGUCGUAAUCGCGAAGCGGGGAAACACACGUUCUCUUUUAGAAUAUCAGAACGUCAGGAAUAUCAGGACGUCAGGAAUAUCAGGAUCUCUCACAGAAAUCAGAGCAGAUCAGAGUCCAGAGAUUCGGAGAUUGAGAGGCAAUCAGGGCGUUCCGAAAUUCAUUGAAAGAUAACGUGGAAACUUUUCCGUUGACGGAACAUACGUCGGGCUGCGUCGGGCACGAUUGGCACGAAUACGUGCCGCUUGCUUCCGAGAUGCGACUCGUGCAACACAGCUCGUAUCGUAUUUUUACUGUGCGUGCAGGUGUUGCGCGACGCGGACGCGAAUGACUUGACGCGAUGCACUCGUUCGUGAACGGCCGCAGAGAGUGGCGAACUUCACUACGUGAAUUCUAACCUCGAUCGAAAACUCGCGUAUCCUUGACGUGACGACAGUGCGGUAGCUGACAGGUAUCAGCUGUUCCAGUAAAUAAACCGCGCGUCGACGAUGGACGACGUGGAGGACACCGCGCGAGACGACCGGCCGUCCGACGAGGACGUCAGCGAGUCGGACGACGGCAGCGAGUAUUCGUCGCGUAGCGAGGGUGAAUUCAACUGGUACGUUAUGUCGGACUCGAUUCUCCUGAGUAUCUUCCAGUACCUGACGCCGAGGGAAUUGUUGACCGCGGGCGAGGUGUGCCGAUCGUGGUUCAGAGUGUCGCGCGACGAGUUCCUGUGGAAGUAUUUAUUUUAUCGUACGUACAAGAUAGAUCCGGACGUCGGCAUCGUGCCAGGAAAAACCUCCUGGUUGGGAGAAUUCAAACGCUUGGCAUAUCACACUCCAUUGAUAGAAACUGAAGUUCUUAAAGAACAUUCACAUCAGGUCUUACACGUGAGCUUUUCUCAUAAUGGCAAAAUGUUUGCAACCUGUUCAAAAGAUGGAUAUAUUCUUGUAUGGCAAAGUCAGUAUCCUGUUACCAUAAAAUAUUGGCACGAUAUGAAGACAUUUAGUUGGAAAUAUACACAAUUUUCCCAGUUUAAUUGUACAGAUACGUUACUUCUUGUGUCUGGUGUCCAUUUUGGUACACCGCAUAGUACUUCGGGUGAAAUAGCAGUAUUCAGAGUAGCACCUGGUUUUGAUCUCCAGUGUAGAGUAGUGAAUAAGCCGUAUGACAUAUUUGGUACAUGGUACAGUGAACGUUACCUUUUAAGUGGAAAUCUACAUUGGUUGGCACAUUUGGUUAGUACUAGCGUAGUUUGGCUCAAUAAGGCAAAUCAGGAAUCAGCUAGCGAACAUGUGCCCAUUAUGACGCAACUCUUUAGGUUCUAUAACGGAAAUGCUUCCUCGAUUAGGGCGAUUAUGGUUGCAAAUUGUUUAGCAUCUGCUCCAGCUGAAUCCACAGAACAACAGAGCCAACCAUCUUCCUCAAAUACAAAGGAAGAAAAAGGAAAUCCACCAAGCCACAAGGAUUUGUUGUCUCCUUCAGGCGAAUCUAAUAGCUCGCAAAGUCAAGAAGAACCAAUAUACUACAUUUCAUCAUCAAAAAUACAAUAUAGUAAAUUAGAAGGUGCAUUUUCGAAUUGGAGGAAACUUGGUGAUGGUUUUGAAUAUGCUAGUCCUAUACAAUACAAUCAGGAAUAUAGGCAGGUUGAGAUGCAGAAGAAGGCACACGAAAGCGAUAGCGAAAGUGAGAAUCCGCAAUGGGAGGAGGAGAGCGAGUCUGGAGAAUCUUCAAUAACCGAAGAAUGUGAUACAGACGAGUUAGCCAGUAAUCCCGAAAAACUUCUUAUCUUUACGACUGGUUCGAAAACAUAUACUCCGCAUAAAGUUGGUUUUAAGAGGAUCAAAUUAGUUACUUUCCCACGAAGAUUGGAUCCAGGACCAUCGCUGCGUGAGAGAAUAGCUCAACAAAAGAGGGAACGAGAGAGACAGAAUACUCCAUCAGUAGAAGAUUGGUUAAAUUAUGAAUCUGUGGCAGACAAAUUCGAUAAAAUAGAUCAUUUAAUUGAUCUUCAUGGCCAUAUUAUUGGAAUGGGACUUUCUCCUGAUCAUAGAUAUCUUUAUGUAAAUUCGAGGCCGUGGCCGAAGGGUUACGUUAUUACCAAUCCCUUACAACCACCGCCGAUAGCUCAAGAAAUCGAUAUCCAUGUAAUCGACUUGGUAACGCUGAAACAAGUUGGCACGAUGUUAAGAGCACACAAAGCAUAUACGCCUAAUAACGAAUGUUUCUUUAUAUUUCUGGAUGUAUGUAAUGAAUACGUAGCAAGUGGUGCAGAAGAUAAACACGGUUAUUUAUGGGAUAGACAUUAUGGAAUCUGCUUAGCAAAAUUUCCCCAUAGUGAUGUAGUUAAUUCAGUGGCUUUUAAUCCACGCGAUCCUGAGAUGUUAGUUACAACUAGUGAUGACUAUACAGUUAAAAUAUGGCGAAGUCGGGCUAUGGUGAAGGCUUUAGAUUUAGAUGAAAAGUCUUAUCGUAGGGGGAUGGAAGUGCGAAAAAGACAUAAAUAUCAGAAAUGCGGCACUAAUGUUGACUGAUUAAAAACUAUUAAAUUUCUAAUUUAAACAUUUAUUUUUACAAGAUCUUAGAGAUAUAUUUUACACUUAAGUUUUAAUAUAUACUAUACAAAAUCGUCCAGAAUACUAUUAUUGCAUAAAAGCACAAAUAUAAUAAGAAUAUAUUUUUUGAUUA